GCCCCCCAUACUCGACUUUCUUCGCCGUCUGGCCGUUUUGACAAGAUGAAGUUGUCUUGCGUCGUGUCUGCCUCGGCAUUCACCAGCCUCGCCGCUUCAUCCGCUAUUGUUCCUCGGGAUGCCCGAGUCGUCCCCCCCUCAGACUCGCUGGAGUCGUGGAAGCGUGCAGCUCCACAGGCUCCCAAUGGCUAUGCUCCCGCCAACGUGACUUGCCCUCAGACUCGCCCCAGCAUUCGAUCCGCCGCCACUCUCUCCCAGCAAGAGACAGACUGGUUGAAGAAGCGAAGGGCCAACACCAUCCAGCCCAUGCGCGACUUUCUGCAACGUGCCAACAUCACAGGCUUUGAUGUGGCAAAGUACUUUGACGCCCACAGCAGCAACACCUCGGCGCUGCCCAACAUCGCCAUCUCAGUCUCUGGCGGUGGAUACCGCGCCUUGCUCAACGGUGCAGGUGCACUGACAGCUUUCGACAACCGAACCACAAAUGCCACCAGCCGCGGCCAUCUCGGAGGCCUGUUGCAGUCGGCGACCUAUCUUUCAGCCUUGUCUGGCGGUGGCUGGCUAGUGGGCAGCUUGUUCGCAAACAACUUCACUUCCGUCGAGUCCAUCAUCAGCCAGGGCCAGAACACUUCCAUCUGGCAGUUCCAGAAUUCGCUGUUUGAGGGGCCACCCACAGAAGGCGUCCAAUUGCUUUCGACAGCCAAGUACUUUGACAACCUAGCCAACACGGUCGAGUCAAAGUCCGACUCGCCAGCUGGUCCCUUCAACACCUCCAUUACCGACAUAUAUGGCCGAGGCCUGUCGUUCCAGCUCAUCAAUGCAUCCGAAGGAGCCCCUGCCUAUACCUUUUCCUCCAUCCAGGAUGGACCCUACUUUUCAAAUGGAAACUCGCCCAUGCCCAUCUUGGUAUCGGACGAGCGUGCCCCAGGAGACUUGAUCAUCUCUCUCAAUGCUACCAACUUUGAAUUUAACCCAUUUGAGAUGGGCUCUUUCGACCCCACAACAUUUGGUUUCGCCCCGCUCAAGUACCUGGGCUCCAACUUUACUGCCGGACGACUUCCCCAGAACGAAUCGUGUAUUGCCGGAUUCGACAACUUGGGUUUUGUCAUGGGAACGAGCAGCUCCUUGUUCAACCAGAUCUUCCUCCGCUUGGACACCUUCAAGAAUAUCCCAUCGAUUAUCAAGGACUUGGCCACCAAAAUCCUCACCAGGAUCAGCAGAGACAACAACGACAUUGCUGACUAUUCGCCCAACCCUUUCUACCUUUGGAACAGCCAGUCGAACCCCAGUGCCUCCAACAAGCGCCUCACGCUCGUCGACGGUGGCGAAGAUCUUCAGAACAUUCCUCUCAACCCCGUCAUCCAGCCUGUGCGCAACGUCGAUGUCAUCUUUGCCGUCGACUCGUCGGCUGACCGCGAGAGUGGCCCGGGCACAAACUGGCCCAACGGUACCGCUCUCGUCGCAACCUACCGUCGCGCCGAAUCGCCCAUCAUGAACAAGACAUCCUUCCCCUAUGUUCCCGGCCAGGACACCUUCGUCGCACUAGGCUUGAACAACCGACCUACCUUCUUCGGCUGCGACAGCAAGAACGUCACCAAGGGCAACAACAUCCCCCCUCUGGUGGUGUACCUCCCGAACGCCCCCUACUCCUUCUUUUCCAACACCUCGACCUUUGACAAGCUCUCAUACACGCUCGAGGAGCGCAACAACAUGAUCCAAAACGGCUACAACGUUGUGACGCAGGCCAACUCGACACGCCAGGGCGCCACCAACUGGCCCACUUGCGUGGGAUGUGCCAUCCUCUCGAGGAGCAUGCAGCGCAACGGUGAAACCGUCCCCGAAGUCUGCAACCAGUGUUUCAAACAAUACUGCUGGAACGGCACCACAGUCGAAAAGGCACCCGCAUACGACCCAAGCCUCCUGCUCACACAAACCACCACCGCAAACAAUAAGAGCGCAGGCGCCAAGUCCAUUCCCAGCAUCUCUGGUCUUGCUCUCGUCGGAGCAACCCUCGUUACAUACCUGAUGAUGUAAAAAAACAAUUACAUAUUUUCUUUUGUUUACCUAUAGGAAUGAAAGCGUUUUUUCCCGCCAUGUUUUUAGGGCCUUGUAUUUUCCCUUGUAGUUUUACGAAUACAAUUGC